UUCCGGACUCCAUUUCCCAGGAGCACUUGCGCCUCGUUUCGAAAUCACAAGACCCAUCAUGGGUUCCUGCAGCUCUACGUUUUAAAACAAUAUCAGGUCAUCUAUUUACCCGAGAAAUGGCUGCGGAAACCAUCGCACCUGACUGGGAAUUUGACCGCUUUGACGACGGUUCGCAGAAAAUCCACACUGAUGUUCAGCUGAAGAACUACACCAAGUUCCUGGAGGACUACACGUCACAGCUAAAGGGCAUUGAGGAGGCCCUUGAUGACUCCAUCGGAGAUGUUUGGGACUUCACUCUGGACCCCAUUGCCCUGAAACUCCUCCCGCACGAACAGUCGUCCCUGUUGGAGUUAAUCAACACGGAUAAUAAAGUUCUCAACAAAGUCAUCACGGUGUACGCCGCCCUGUGUAGCGAAGUCAAGACGCUCAAGUAUGAGGCGGAAAACAAGUUCUACAAUGGAUUAUUGUACUAUGGAGAGGGAGUGCUGGACUGCAGCGUUGUUGAAGGGGAGUCCCAAAUUCAGAUGGGAAGGUUCAUCUCCUUCCUCCAGGAACUGUCCUGCUUUGUGUCGAGAUGUUACGAAGUGGUGGUCAACAUUGUCCAUCAGCUCGCGGCUCUCUACAACAGCACCAAGGGUGCGGCAAAAAUCAUUGAGUCAUCGGGUGUCCACUUCCAGAUCGUGUACGAACAUCUUGGAGAUUUGUUAGUGGUUCUGCUCACGCUUGAUGAAAUCAUGGAACAUCACGGCACGCUCAAAGAUCACUGGAAGAUGUAUAAAAGGUUAUUGAAGUCUGUUCGUCAUAAUCCUGGCAAAUUUUCCAUUGCUGAUGAGAAACUGAAACCAUUUGAGAAGCUCCUGCUGAAGCUGGAGGGCCAGCUGCUGGAUGGCACGAUACUGCAGGCAUGCGUGGACCAGAGAUUUGAUGAUCCUGGGGAAGGAGUAGCUGUAGCCAAAAACAGCAACUUUGCUGAAGAGUUUGCCUUCAACGUACGGACCAUCUUCUCCAGUGUGGAAGCCAAGAUCGGAGAACCCUCAGAGAUUGAUCAGAGAGAUAAAUAUGCAGCUGUUUGUGCGCUUUUUGUUCUGCACUUUCACAUCUUCCGCUGCGUUGACAAAAAGCUCUACAAAUCACUGCUGGACGUCUGUAAGAAGGUUCCAGCCGUCACUCUGACUGCCAACAUCAUCUGGUUCCCUGAUGAGUUCCUGCUCGCCAAGGUUCCCGCUGCUGCCAAACAGAUCGACAAGAAGAGCGUCCAGGCCAUCAGAGCGCAUCGAGACGCCUUCUUGCAGCAAAGGGCUCAGACCCUCACCAAGGACGUUCAGUCCUACUACGUGUUUGUCACGUCGUGGAUGAUGAAGAUGGAGUCCAUCCUGUGCAAGGAGCAAAAAGGGGACAAGAUGGCUGAAGACCUCAACAGCAGAUGUAAUGUUUUUGUUCAGGGUAUCCUGUACGCAUACAGCAUCGGCACCAUCAUCAGGACCACCAUGAACAUGCACAUGUCCAUGCAGCGGCCCAUGACCAAGACGUCCGUGAAAGCUCUGUGUCGACUGGUGGAGUUGUUAAAGGCUGUGGAGCACACGUUUCAUAGACGCUCUAUGGUUGUUGCAGAUUCCGUGUCUCACAUCACCCAGCAGCUGCAGUCACAGGCCCUCAACGCCAUCUGCGUCGCAAAGAAAAGAGUCAUAUCUGACAAGAAGUACAGCGAGCAGCGUCUGGAUGUGCUGUCGUCCUUGGUGCUAGCCGAAAACGUGCUCAGCGGACCCAGCACGAAGGAGCGACGCCUUGUUGUCUCUUUGGCUCUCUGUGUUGGGACUCAGUUGAAAACGUUCAAAGAUGAGGAGUCGCUUCCCCUGCAGCUUGUCCUGAAGAAGCUGGACUUGAUAAGCGAGCUGAGUGAGAGGAUGAAGCUCCAGUGCGACUGCGGCUUCCUUUAUUGGCAUCGGGCAGUGUUUCCUAUCUACUUAGAUGAUGUGUACGAGAAUGCAGUGGACGCCGCACGGAUACACUACAUGUUCAGCGCCCUGAGGGACUGCGUGCCCUCCAUGCUGCAAGCCAAACACAUGGAGUCACGUGACCAGCUCCUGGAGAGCUACGACAAGGAGAUCAUGGAUGUUUUCAACCAGCACCUGCUGGACAAGCUGUGUAAGGAGAUCGAGAAGGACUUGCGUCUCUCCGUACACACGCACCUGAAGCUGGACGACAGGAACCCUUUCAAAGUCGGCAUGAAGGACUUGGCCCACUUUUUCUCCCUCAAACCCAUCAGAUUCUUCAACCGCUUUAUUCAUAUCAAAGCCUACGUGACGCACUACUUGGAUAAAACGUUCUACAACCUAACAACCGUGGCGCUUCAUGACUGGGCCACGUACAGCGAGAUGAGAAACCUCGCCACGCAGCGUUACGGCCUCACCAUGACCGAAGCACACCUGCCGAGCCAGACACUGGAGCAGGGUUUGGAUGUGCUGGAGAUCAUGAGGAACAUCCAUGUUUUUGUGUCACGCUACCUCUACAACCUCAACAACCAGAUCUUCAUCGAGAAAGCAAGCAACAACAAGCACUUGAACACCAUCAACAUCCGGCACAUCGCCAACUCCAUCCGCACCCACGGCACGGGCAUCAUGAACACCACGGUCAACUUCACCUACCAGUUCCUGCGUAAGAAGUUCUACAUCUUUAGCCAGUUCAUGUACGACGAGCACAUCAAAUCCAGACUCAUCAAGGACAUCCGCUUCUUCCGAGAAACUAAAGACCAGUCCGACCAAAAGUAUCCUUUCGAGCGUGCUGAAAAGUUUAAUCGAGGCAUCAGGAAGCUGGGCAUCACUCCUGAUGGCCAGAGUUACCUGGACCAGUUCAGACAGCUCAUCAGUCAGAUCGGCAAUGCCAUGGGUUACGUACGCAUGAUCCGCUCCGGAGGCCUCCACUGCUGCAGCAGCGCCAUCAGGUUUGUCCCGGACUUGGAGGACAUUGUCAACUUUGAGGAGCUGGUCAAAGAGGAGGGGCUGUCGGAGGAAACGCGGAAAGCCGCCGGAGUCCUGGAUUCAGUGCUGGAAGAUCUGACCAGCAACUCUGCAGAGGGGACCGAAUAUUUCAAGAUGCUGGUGGCGGUGUUUGCACCCGAGUUUCGAAGUGCAAAGAAUAUGCACCUGAGGAACUUCUACAUGAUUGUACCCCCGCUGACGGUGAAUUUCGUGGAACAUUCCAUCAGCUGCAAGGAGAAGCUGAACAAGAAGAACAAGACGGGAGCUGCUUUCACCGACGACGGAUUUGCUAUGGGCGUGGCGUACAUUCUCAAGCUGCUGGACCAAUACCUGGAGUUUGACUCCCUGCACUGGUUCCAGUCGGUCCGAGAGAAGUACAAGAAGGAGAUGAACGCCGUGGUGAAGGAGCAGCACCUCCACUCUGCCAGCCAGGAUCAGAAGUUACUGCAGACAAUGAACCUCACGCAGAAAAGACUGGAUCUCUACCUUCAGGAGUUUGAGCUGCUCCACUUCUCCUUAAGCAGCGCUCGCAUUUUCUUCAGAGCCGACAAAACCGCAGCCGAGGAAACCCAGGAGAAGAAAGAUGAAGAAGACGCUUCUAAACCUGGAGGUUCUCCUGACGGCUCCAGCCCGGCAGAUUCUGCAUCAAAAUGACCCUCGGCAGCAGGCAAGCUUAGAAGCAGCGACACGUCUGACUGCAACCUGGACUAAGGAACCAGAGAUUGGACACCUUUGGUCUAUUUUUAUGUCCAUUACUAACCACAUCAUGUGACUUUUCCUGUCUUCAUCCAAGAAUGUGUAGUCAUUAAGACCUACAGCACCAAGUGUUGGGAUGUGGAUGUGAUGACCAUCUUUCAGAUUGCACCUGAAGCACAAAAGAGCCAAGUAGAGUGGAACCCCGGUUAGCAUCAAUCAUUUGUUCCCCAAGUUCCGGUUCUAACCGAAACGUACACUAACCAAAGUCGAUACAGUGAAUCCGUUCCGUAAAGCCAAACGUGGUAACACAAAACACAUUUUGAUAGUUUGACAUGAAAAAAGCUAUUCUAAAUGCAUAUGAAUACAUAUAAAUGAUGGAUGGACAUUCAGUCGCCCAUCAUGGUUUGCACAUUGGCCCCCCACUAUAGUGGGUUUUUCAAAAAUGAAUAAAUGAUGGCUGUUUCAUGGUUGACUAUGGCCUCCAAGUAAAAACAAUACUGAAAGACAAGGUAUACACAGUAGGCUCCAGCAUAGUAAACUGGUAGAUGGACGGUAUACACGGUAUUCCACGAUAUAUACACGGUAUUCCACGGUCACCAGGCAUCAGUCGUGUUCCUUUGAUGACAUGAUUACUUGCAUUACUUCCACACCGCAUGUAGUCAGCCAUGGAAUUGCCGAUGUGAUUCCGUUUGGAAGUGGUAGGUUUUGGCUUCUUUGUACUACUUUCCCUCACCAUUUGAAACACUUUUAUAUGUUUAAUUGGAGAAGCUAACUUGUUAGCUCGUUAGCUUGCUAUGCUAGCAGCGGCUGUCUGUCCACGUAGCCUUCGGUUUAGCAAUGUGGUGGAAAAGAAGAAUAUUAGGAGCGUAAAGUCUGCAGUGCUCCAAUAAUGUUAAAAAUCGUAUUUAGAAAGCCACAAACAACAUUUUCUAUGCUCUCGCUACGAAAAUAUCCCGUUUGAAUCCUACUUCCAGGAACUUAGCAAUUAGCCGCGAAAACGAGAGGCUGCCCAAAAUGGAGCCACAGAAAGUUUCAAGUACAAGCACUUUGAGAAGUAGGACGAAGGCACUGUUAAACUGAAUUAACUUAAGAGAAUAAUCUAAUUAACUCCUAACAAAGCAAGUCAGCGUGGUCGCGCUGCCACGUCUUGUCUUUAGGAACAAUGGCGCUGACUUCCGUCUUCAAUUAAGUAAAAAGAUUAAGAUAUGCCUUUAUUCGUCCCUCAGUGGGGAAAAAAGGAACCGUAAAAGUCAUUUAUUUCUGUCAUUUGUCAUUGACUUGCAUUUAGAAUGGAUUAGUGCAUUUAAAACCAAAGACAAGUUAUGUGAGUCCACCGCUGGUUAUAUUUUAUACUGGCUAGCAUACAUUCUAGUUGCCAAUUUAUAACUUGGUCAAGUUGACUAAUUUGCUAGAAGCGAAAUAUGUUUUUCGAUUUAAAAUAUACAUUAAAAACACACUUGUAUUUUUUGCAAUUGUAAUAAUAACACAAGACACGGGCCGUAUUGCCGUAAAAUUGUGACAUGCAUUUUCAUCGUCAACAGCCUAAAAGCCUCUAACCAGGGCAGACGUUAACCAAGGUUCCACUGUAGUGACUGCAUGCCUUGGUUGUAAUGUUAUUGUAGUGUUGGAAUAAAACUGUAUAUAUCAUGUACUCACAUUUAAUAAGCUUGCUUCAUAUUAUCCAAGUUAAUAUCAUGUAAUUACAUUCUUCAUAUUAUUCUUCAUAUUAUCCAAGUUACUGUUACAUGCACAUAUUAUUCUUCAUAUUAUCCAAGUUACUAUUACAUGCACAUAGAACACACAUAGAACAUGAUUGUUCCCAGCCUUGGGUUGUAGCGCUGUUCUACUCUUGCUGCUGCACUGUAAAGUUUACCUGCUGUACGUGUACGCUCACCAUUAGUGUCGUUUUACCACAAUGUUUACACACAUUUCUAAACUCUAGAUGGACUGUAGCCGCAGUAAUGUAGACGACUAACCUGCCUUCAAGACAUUAUUUUUCACAACAUUACAUUUUAAAACCUUUUGUAAUUUUAUAUCUUAUUGAUAGGAACGAUACGUUUGAGGCCGUGUUGCUGAAAAUGACAUUCCAUGGGAUACAAAACCAAUAAAAGUUGCACUUUGAAAGAA